GCAGGGAGAAGGAGAUGAGCUGAACAACUCCUAUUGCAACCAUGUGCCUGAAGUUUAUGAAUGUUUUGGUCGGAUUGGGCUGACUGGACACCAGCAAAAAAUCCUCACCCCUUGUGUGGCCCCCACCGACCCAGGUUCCCUCACCCUGACAAGAACUGCAGGCUCCGACCAUCCCCUCGCCCCAAUCUCUGCUGCAACAGGAAGUAAGCCACUUUGCUGUGAGACAAGAUGCCAGAGCGUUUUUUUUGCACUGCAGGCCGAGGUAUGGAACAUUUUGUGACACAGGAGGUGAUGAAAAAAUUAUCUGCCACAGAGGUUGAAACAAUGUCAGGAAAAGUACUUUUUACAGCUGAACCUGAUUUAUGCAGACUGAGGCUAAUAAAAUCCGGUGAAAGAUUAUUUCUGCUUCUGAAAAAUGAUUCUCCGUUAUCUCUUCCAAAAAACAAAGGAAAAGCACGUUCCGCAUUAAGGGAAUAUGUCAUUGGAGAGCCCCAGAUAUGGCUACAUUGCCUUGCUGUAUGGCAAAAACUUCAGGAGCAAUUACAGCAACAUCAACAUGUCUGUGGAAUGGUUGGGAUAUCUUCCAAAAGAAAAUCAGGGAGUGCUUCAGAAUUCCACAUAUCAAAAUAUAGCAAGCAAGAUAACACUGCCAGGGACAGAGUCUGCCUCUUCGACGAUCAAACCCACAAGAACAACAUGUCCGAAACUGAAGACCAGAAUACCAUGGACAGUAAAGAACUGGAUGCCACGGAACAACAGCUGCUCUCAAAAACACACAAGAAUACCACUCCUAUUACUUUUAGAGUUUCUUGUCGCUGUUCUGGGGCAUCUGCCAAAGUGUUUACAGCACAGGAGGUUGGUGCUGUUAUUGGUGCAUCUAUUAUUAAACAGUUUGGCUGGAAACCUGAUCUCCGGACACCAAGUCUAGAGGUGUUUGUACAUCUGAAUGAUCAAUAUUCUGUGGUUGGAUUUCCAGUCACCAGGCAACCUUUGGCAAGCAGAGACUAUAUAAGAAAUACAGGUCUACGAUCUACCACAGCUUGGGCUAUGGGAGCACUUGCUGAACUACAUGUAGGAGCACUUGUUCUGGAUCCCAUGUGUGGAGUGGGAACAAUAUUGUUGGAGGCUGCAAAGGAAUGGCCUUUUGGUCAUUUUGUGGGUGUUGACAAUAAUGACUCACAGCUAAAAAGUGCAGUUUCCAAUGUAAAGGGGGCUGGUCUUGGUGGCUCUAUAGAGUUACUGAAAGGUUCUGUUUUAGACCUGCCGUUUGUCUCAGAAAGCAUAGAUGCAGUGAUUUCCGAUAUUCCCUUUGGAAGAAAGUUCACAUCCUCAAGAAAUAUGAAAGAUCUUCUUCCAGAUAUAAUUCGAGAAAUGCAAAGAGUUGUACGAGUUGAAGGGAUAAUAGUGUUACUGCUCAGCCAGUGUCUUCAUCAUCACCUGAAAGUCAACUUUCACUUCGGUGCUAUUGAAAAGAAGAACAUAAGCAGCAGUGACAACCAUACGGUUUCUGAGGAGGCUAAAGGAGUAAAUAAAGAUAAUAUUAUUAACAAAACUCAUUGGUUUGAUUCCUUGGUUGCUCUUGAGUCACAUUCCGUGAGCCUUGGAGUUACUGAAGCUGUGAUAUUUAAAUGUAAAAAAAACGUGUCCUCUUUGCCUUGUAACAAAUUUGUGUAAUCAAAGUAUGAUUUGUUCAUGGACACUUUGUGCCUAGUAAAGAUAUAUUUUUUAUAACCUAUAUGCAAGCUGUAAAGAAGAUUGCACUUACCACUGUAAGUUUGUUAUAUAAGUUAUUUGGUUGUUUUUAAUGCUUUAGAACACAAUAAAUUUAUAAUCUUUUCUGUCA